UUUCUUCUCUUUCUCUCACCAACAGUCACUCAGAUAUGAUACCAGCUAUUUUGUGGAAUAUUUUGCUCUUGAUCUCCUAAUGGAAAAUGGAGAAUGUUGUGGUAUUAUUGCACUCUGUAUAGAAGAUGGCACAAUCCAUCGUUUCAGAGCAAAGAAUACAGUUAUUGCCACUGGAGGAUAUGGACGCACAUAUUUUAGCUGUACUUCUGCUCACACUUGCACUGGAGAUGGCACAGCAAUGGCUACUCGGGCAGGUCUACCUUGCCAGGAUUUGGAAUUUGUGCAGUUCCAUCCCACAGGUAUUUAUGGAGCUGGCUGUCUUAUUACAGAAGGCUGUCGUGGUGAAGGAGGUAUUUUAAUUAACAGUGAAGGAGAAAGGUUUAUGGAGAGAUAUGCUCCAGUUGCCAAAGAUCUAGCUUCCCGGGAUGUUGUGUCUCGUUCUAUGACUAUUGAGAUCCGUGAAGGAAGAGGUUGUGGACCUGACAGAGAUCAUGUGUACUUGCAAUUGCACCAUUUGCCACCACAGCAACUAGCAAUGCGUCUUCCUGGGAUUUCAGAAACUGCUAUGAUAUUUGCUGGUGUGGAUGUCACAAAAGAGCCUAUUCCUGUCCUACCUACUGUGCAUUACAAUAUGGGAGGUAUCCCUACAAACUACAAAGGACAGGUAAUUACACAUAUCAAUGGCAAAGAUCAAAUAGUACCUGGCUUAUACGCUUGUGGUGAAGCAGCUUCUGCCUCUGUCCAUGGUGCUAAUCGACUUGGUGCAAACUCCCUUUUGGACUUGAUAGUCUUUGGUCGUGCCUGUGCUCUUACCAUUGCAGAAUCAUGCAAACCUGGAGAAUCAGUUCCAUCAAUUAAAUCAAAUGCAGGUGAAGAAUCUGUUGCAAACCUUGACAAACUGCGCUUUGCCAAUGGAAAUGUAAGAACAUCAGAACUGAGACUUAAUAUGCAAAAAACAAUGCAAAGCCAUGCUGCCGUGUUCCGUAUAGGUCCUGUCUUACAAGAAGGCUGUGAAAAAAUGUCCAGACUCUAUAAAGAUUUUGAUGUUCUGAAGACAUUUGAUAGAGGUGUUAUUUGGAAUACUGACUUAGUGGAAAGUUUGGAACUACAAAAUUUGAUGCUCUGUGCUUUACAAACUAUUUAUGGUGCAGAAGCUCGGAAAGAGUCACGUGGAGCUCAUGCUAGGGAAGAUUAUAAGGUUAGGAUAGAUGAAUAUGAUUAUUCUAAACCAGCCCAAGGACAGCAGAAGAAAUCAUUUGAGCAGCAUUGGAGAAAACAUACUCUCUCUUAUGUAGAUGUGAAGACUGGGAAGGUUACCCUGAAUUAUAGACCUGUAAUUGAUAAAACCCUGAAUGAAGAAGAUUGUGCUACAGUUCCACCAGCUAUUCGCUCUUAUUAGUCAUUUUGAUUUGACCUUUUUGUUCUUUAGGAGUUUCUUAAUGCACAUGCAAAUAUACCAUUUAUUAUGAGGCAGCUAUUAUCCAUUGCAGUAGAUAAAAAUAGCAUGUUAACUCAAACUCUUCAAAAUCCAAAACCUGUUUUAAUUUUAUAUCUGUUUCAUGUGUUAUAAAACUUAACUUUGAGACAUGAGCUGUAUAUUGCAAUCUCAAAAUGUUCUUGCAUGCAAGUCAGUUUCUAACUUUCUCAGGACACCAGGAACUCUGCUCAUGGUUUGCAUACAUUAACUUUAUUUUGAUUCUCCAGCUCUGUAAUAAUUUCUAGUCUGUUAUAUUAAGAAAAUAAAUGCAGUAUGAUGGAAAUGAGGGCCUUUUGUUGAACAUAAUGUAGAACAUAAUUUAAUAGAUUGAUUUAUGCUUACAGAAAUUAUUACUGCAUUAUAGCUUUUAGUAACCUACAUUUCAGAUGACAUUUAAACAUGUAAUUGCUGCAGCCAUAACUUAUGAUUUUAUGAAAUGCUACAAAAUCAGAUGUAUUAAACUUCAAAUGAGCUUUUCUUAUUUGUUACAGACUCUAAAACUACUUUUUUCCUUUUCAUUUAGUGAGAUACUGAAUUAAAAUAGGUGUUUUAAAAACAAUUUGGGGUAAGAGAAAUAAAAGUUAAACUGAUAACUAUUAGAGUGUUUUUGAUGUGCAUCUGAUGAGUCAUACCUUACAAAUGUAUGUAACUUUCUAACGGUUGUAUCAGUGAUAAAAUAAUUGGAUUUCAUUGUUAAAGUGUCUUACAAGAUUUAUAACCAUUCUGAUUUUUGACUGCAUGGACAUUAAAUUGGCUUUAUAUAUGCUGUAACUUUAAACAUGAACAUAUUAAACAAAAAAAACGCUUGUAUUUUCACUCUUAACUGUUGCAUGUGUAUGUUUUUAGGUUCUACAGAAUAAUCCUAAUCUGAUUUGGACUGUAUCAUGUGCAGAUAAAUAUAUUUCAGAUUAUUCUGUUUUAUAAAGGAUGAACUGUUUGAUUUAAUUUAUCUGUGAAGCACAUAACAGAUGCCAGCUGCAGUCACUAGCUUCAAAAUGUUGGGUGUGACUGAAUGAAGCCCUGCCCUUUUUUACAUGAAACACACAUUAGAAAGGAGUGGGGCUUUGAUUACUUGGUUAUACCUGCCAUUUUGAAGUCAGUGACAGUCACUGCAAACUCCCCUGUAUAUGUUCUUUAUUGGGCAUGCACCUCAGGUGCCUUGUGUCACUGUGGUGACAGUUUUUUUGAGGCAAAAAGAUUGGUUUGCCUUGAUGAGAUGCUUUGCGUCAUCUUUUAGCCUCAGCCCAUCAACAGUAGCUGGCAGAAGAUUCUAUGCACUCUUUCCCCAUGAACAAAACCCUUUUCCAAUUAUAGGGAACUGCCUCAGAAGAGAAGUGAGGUAAAGCAAAGUAAUGUGGCUGGUUUGAUCUUGGAAGCAAACAGUCCAUUUUGCCUCCUUAAGCAGUUUUGAGUGUUCUUUCAAAGAUAUGAACACCAUAUUUAUCCAAUUUCUCUGAAAUUCCCUAAAGAUACAGAAACAUCAUAGAAAUUAUGUAGCACAAUGCAUAUUCCAGGUUUUGUGAUAGAAUAGGUUCAGGUAGCACACUAUUCAAUGGUGUGUUAAUUAAAUAUGUCAAAAUGGAUCCCUAACCAUUUUGUGUUGUGAGUACAUUUGGAAUUUUGAGAGCAUAUUAUCAAUAUUCUUGCAGAGUCACUGCCAUCGUGAGCAUUUGCCCUCACAAAAUAUCCACUUGUAUUAGAAGACAAGGUUAAAACAAUGAGAUUGGUCCCUACCAUUUCUUCAAGCCUUCUGAUGUACUUUCCAUUACUCUUGUUACCUGGACUUCUUUUCUGUGUAAGAAGGCACACUUCUGAACAAUGCACUCAGCUAUAACUUUGUUUUUCCUUUCUCUGAAGCAUAGAUCCCUCUGAACUGUAUAUGGCAACAAGGAACAUUUUGGUAAAUAAAACUUAUAUUUGAGAACAA